AUGCCGCGCGCCGCGGUACGGGAGGAGACGGUCAAGCUGGAGGCGGAUGUGGCGGCGCCCACCGAGGCGCACCUCGACGAUGAGGCGCGCCUGAGGCAGCUGGGCUACAAGCAGGAGCUGCGGCGGGAGCUCAACCUGCUGCGCAACUUUGCGGUGUCGUUCGGGCUGCUCUCCAUGUUGACUGGACUGGGCGGGUUCUACUACAUCGGAUUCACCUAUGGCGGCCCUGUGGUGGUGAUCUGGGGCUGGAUCCUCAUCGUGACGAUGACGCUGACCAUCGCCCUCAGCAUGGCCGAGAUCUGCUCUACCCUUCCCUCCACCGGCGGCGUGUACUACUGGGCGGGUGUCCUGGGCGGCAAGCAGGGCCCUCUGUGGUCGUGGAUGAAUGGGUGGUUCAACCUGCUGGGCCAGGUGGGCAUCACGGCGGGCGUGGAGUGGACCGUGGUCAACUACCUCACCCAGCUCAUCAACAUCUUCCGCGGCCCCGAGGAGGAGCCCUUUUCCUUCACAAAAGUCCAGUUCUGGCUCCGCGUGUCGGACAGCCAGCAGGGCGCGGGCCGCUUCUGCUCCCGCUUCUACCCCGUGGAGCGCACCUGCUACGCGUCCAUGGAGAAGAUCGAGGAGCUGGCGGCGCAGGUGGUACGGGACCACUUCCCGGCAGAUGCGCAGGAACCCAUAGAGUUUGCCGUUGUGUACGACGCCCGCGCCGCGCCGCCGCUGGACCGAAUGGAGGUCAUCAACGCCUUUGCCACGCGCGUGCCGGCGCCCCACAAGGUCAACCUGGGCGCCCCCCACAAGGCCAUCCUGGUGAAUGUGGUCAAGGGGGUGUGCGGGGUGGCGGUGGUGGAGCGCUUCAAGGAGCUGUGCCGCUACAACAUCCGCACGCUGGCGCUGCCAGAGGAGGAGCGUGAGGCGCAGCGUGAGGCGCAGCGGCAGCAGAGCAAGGCAGAGGCGGCGCCCGCCGCGGCGGCGGCGCCGCCGGUGGAGGAGGGGCAGGCAGCGGAGGCGGCAGAUGCUGCUGCGGCGGGUGGGGUGACGGCGCAGCAGCAGGCAGGUGCGGAGCAGCAAGAGCAGCAAGAGCAGCAAGCGGCGGGCCAGCAGGAAGAGGAGGAGCCGCAGGCCGCUGCCUGA